AUGGCUCCCCAGACCGAGGAACAGCGCAAGCAGGAGGAGGCCGCGUCGCGCCGCCACGCCAGGCUCGACAAUGCCGGCGUGCUUCAGAUGUCGGCCAACGUCGAGCAGCUCGAGAAGAUCACUAUUCUCCCCGGCCACGAGCCAGACUACUCGGCCUGCACCUUCUGCCUGUGGGAGGAGGACCACACCCUCGGCAACACCCUGCGCUGGAUGAUCAUGAAGGACGCCGACGUCGAGUACUGCGGUUACUCUGCCCCCCACCCUUCCGAGCCCAAGAUCCACCUCCGCGUGCAGAUGUACGACGGCCUGAGCGCGGUCGACUGCCUGCGCCGCGCGCUCGCCAACCUCCGCUCCCUGUUCGAGACCAUGGGCUCGCAGUACGCCUCGUCCCUCCAGAACGACAACUACCCGCGUGAAAAGGACGUCGACGUCCACGAGGUCGUGGCCGAGACUCUCCGCGAGAGGGGAUUCGGCGUUGAGGGUGACGCCAUGGACGAGUCGAGCUAG